AUGAUGACUUCGGUGAGCAGUGAACGUACCCGGGGCACUCGGGACAAAAUGCAAAUUUCAACCACACAGCCAACACAACCACAGAAACAAGUAGUACAGGCAACAGCAGAACAGAUUCGCUUUGCUCAGAUGAUCUAUGAUAAGAAUGAUGCAGAUUUUGAAGAUAAAGUGAAACAACUUAUGGAAGUGACGGGGAAAAACCAGGAUGAGUGCAUAGUGGCACUACAUGAUUGUAAUGGGGACAUGAACAGAGCAAUUAACAUAUUGCUGGAAGGAAUUUCAGACACGACUUCUUGGGAGACUGUAGGGGGAAAGAAGAAAAGCCUUGGAAAGGAAGGUUUGGAAAACAAAGAGAACAGAGAGAAACGAGGGGACAGAGAAAUGAGCCGCAGAUGGGGAAGUUCCAACAGACGGGGAAGAGGAGGCAGCCGUGGCCGAGAGUUUAAAGCUGAAGAGAAUGGAGUGGGCAACAAUCAAGGAGACAGGCCUUCAGACCGUGGGAAACGUGGCCAUGUGAGAGGGUUUGGACGUGGCAGAGGGAGAGGAGCGGGGAGGUUUUCAGCCCAAGGCAUGGGGACAUUUAACCCUGCAGACUAUAUGGAGUCUUCUGCCACUGAUGGCUUUGGGACAAAAUCAGAUAUUUGGGAGACUGGUCAGAAUGAUGCAGAUGAUGGAACUGGACCAUGGAAAAACUCAGUAGAAGAAUGGACUGCAGAAGACUGGAAUGAAGAUCUUUCUGAAACAAAAGUCUUUACUGCUUCCUCUGUUCCAGCUGAGAAUCAUGUGACUCCUAGGCAGAGCAUUGAUUUGGUAACACUGUUUCAAAAGCCUGAAAAGCCUGUGACCUUUACCCAAGAGACAGAAGGCAACUCAUUUGAGGCUCCCCAGCAGCAGACCUUUGGCCAAGCCCUAGUCUUCACAAAUUCUCAGCACAGCACCCAGAUGGCAUCAGGAAGUGGCAGUUCCAGUGCUGUAAACUCUUAUUCUCCUCAAAGUCUGUCUGCAGUUCUUUGUUCUGGCUUUGGUGAACUUGGGUCCUCUAAAUUGACAAACUCUGCUGGAUCUCAAAUCUUGGACCAAUUGAAAUCUCCAGGUUUGGGUCAGUUUACCUCUCAACAAAACAAUAAUAGUUCUACCACCACUACCACAUCAUCCUGGGAUCUAAAACCACCCAUUACUCAGUCCUCAGUCCUUAGUCAGUUUGCGGCCUCAUGGCCGCUGCGCAGCCAAAGGGUGUUAGUGGACCGCCCUGACCCCCGCAACAGCAGUCCUUCCGUUGCUCUCCCGUCGCAGCCCCCGCUGCUGCUGCCCCCACAGCGCCGGCGCUGGUGGUCUGUACCCCCGCCAGCGUUCCGCUCUGCCGCGGCGCAGCCGCUGCCAUGCCGCCUGACCCGGCCACCGCCCCAGCCCCCUCGGCCACCGUUCCGCCUGGCCCGGCGUAUGGGGCCGCUACAACCGGGGCGGGCGGAGCGGCCGCGGGUGGUCUCUCAACGAAACUACCCACCGGCCACGCUGCCGCUUGGGCGGCGGGCACCCCAGGCAAAGCCCCAGUCGCCGACCCCGCGCCGUUCCCCCCCCAGCCCGGGGGGGGUGGGCGCGGCCGUGAGCGGCUCUGCCACGGAUCCGGCCGCCGGCCACGGGACCGCCACUCCGGCAGCCCCGUGCCGAGAGGCACAGGAUCCCAUGGCAGCCCCGGUCGGCAACGGAACCCCCGCUGUAGGGACCAUGCACGGCGCGGCGGGAGGCCACACGGCCGCGCACGUGGGGGGUGCACCGCCCGUGGCGAGCGCCGUGCCCGACCCCGGACACGCGCCAAUGGCGGCGGCUGGGGGGAGGGGGGAGGUCCCUGAAGACUGGAGUUUAGCAAAUGUGAUGCCCAUCCACAAGAAGGGUUGGAAGGAGGAUUUGGGGAACUUCAGGCCUAUCAGCCUGACCUUGAUGCUGGGGAAGGUCAUUGAGCAGAUCAUCUUGAGUGCCAUCAUGCACCAGAUUCCUGCCUCUGCAGUGGAAAUGCCUGGAUCAUCAGAUGUGACAGGAUUAAAUGUUCAGUUUGGAGCUUUGGAGUUUGGAUCAGAACCUGCACUCCCAGAAUUAGGAUCAACUUCAAGCAGUGAGAAUACCAGCCAGGCAACCAACAAUAGCUUGUACACAAAAUCUCUAAAGUAUGUUGAUCCUUUGAAUACCUCUUUGCCAAUAUCCAAUACAGUACAGGACUCCACCUACACAACCUCUGCCAUCAGUUCUUCCAGUCUGACCUGCUCAUCCCAGAGCACCAUCCCAGUAACAACUUCCUCCUAUGACCAGACUUCUGUGCAUAGUAGGAUAGCGUACCAAAGCUCCAUGACUCCGUCUGAACCAACCCCUGUUGCAGAUACAAAUGGGCACAGCAGUGUUAGAACACAAGCAACUCUUGACACUACUUCAUCAAUUCCUGUGCUUAAGACAGAACCUUCUCCCUCACUACCUUCUGCUGGUUCUCUGCCCAGCAUGGUGUCCACCACUGCUUCGCUUCUGCCUUCAGCAUCGCAGCAUGCAGCAACGUUGUGCAGCUUGCCUCAGUCCAGUGAUCUGGCUAGCAACUCACUCUCCCAGUUAAGCAGUUCCCUUUCCAAUCAUCAGAGUAGCCUCUCCCCUGCCUCAGUGUUGUCUUCAAGCACAUCACAUGUGCACACUAGCGUUGAGAACACAACUUUGCUCCAGCCUUCAACAACCUUUUCAACUGCUUCAACCUCAGCCACUAGCACCACCUCCUCAGUUGUCAGCAUGGCAAGCAGUAUGAACACUACAGUCAGCCUUGGCCUGAGUGUUACCAGUGUGUCUGCUACCACACGGGCAACUCCCUUAGUGUCUUCAGGCAAAGCUCCCCCAAAUCUGCCUCAAGGUGUACCACCUUUGUUGCAUAACCAGUAUAUUGUGGGACCUGGAGGACUUCUGCCUGCCUACCCAAUUUAUGGUUAUGAUGAUCUCCAGAUGCUUCAGCCCAGGCUGCCAAUGGAUUACUAUGGAAUUACAUUCCCUGCUCCUGCAACCUUGACAGGCAGAGAUGGAAGCCUUGUUAACAACCCCUACUCAGGUGACAUAACAAAAUUUGGCCGUGGGGAUUCUGCUUCCCCUGCUCCUACUACCACGCUUGCCCAGCCGCAGCAGAACCAGCCGCAGACUCACCAUACAACUCAGCAGCCAUUCCUCAACCCGACCCUGCCCCCAGGGUACAGCUACACUGGGUUACCUUAUUAUGCUGGUGUGCCCGGUGUACCCAGUGCAUUCCAAUACGGGCCAACCAUGUUCGUACCUCCAGCAUCUGCUAAACAGCAUGGAGUCAACCUUAACACCACCUCGACUCCUUUUCAGCAAGCAAGUGGCUAUGGGCAGCAUGGCUACGGAACAGGCUAUGAUGACUUAACACAGGGAGCGGCAGCUGGAGAUUACAGCAAAGGAGGCUACAAUGUGUCAUCUCAAGCACAAAACAAAUCUGCUGGCACUGGACCUGGGAAAGGUGUUUCUGUGACCUCAAGUAACACGGGUGUGCCUGAUAUCAACGGCUCAGUCUAUAACAAGACUCAGACAUUUGACAAGCAGGGAUUCCAUGCUGGCACACCACCUCCUUUUAGCCUACCCUCUGGUCUCGGAUCGACUGGGCCCCUGAACCCUGGUGCUGCCCCGGGUUAUGCUCCAGCCCCGUUUCUCCAUAUCCUCCCUGCACAUCAGCAGCCUCAUUCCCAGAUGCUGCAUCACCACCUUCAUCAAGAUGGGCAGGGUGGAUCUGGCCAACGCAAUCAACCCAGCACCAUGCAGCAAAAAUCUCAGGCUACCAAAACCACCUACGGCACUUCUCCAUACUGGACAAACUAA